AGAUGCUUGUUUAAUAAAUAUUCGAUGUUCUUUGGUAAUUCCAUAAGAAAUGAUGCCAUUAAAUGCUAGCAUUAUAAUUGAUAAAAUCCAAGCCAUAAUAAAUAUCAAAAGCAAAAAUAGUUCAGCAACAUUAUUUGAUUCGGUCGACAUUGAAUCGGAUGAUUAUUAAUUAAAGUCUUUCUAAAUAAAUAACCAAAAUUUCAAAAAAGGAAUUAAAUUUGAAAAUUCCAAUUUAAUUUAAUUCUACAAACGCGUCAUCUAGCGUCAAUUUUAUUAGUUGACCAUUCCUCGAUCACAUGCUACCAUUGCUGGAUUUUGAAUUUGAAUGUAACUUUUUUUUCAAAUAAAAUGAAUAGACAAUUUGAUUUUGAUCCGAUCGAUAAGCCAAGAUUGGCUACCAUUUUCUCUACAUAUCGAUCACCAAUCAUCAAUGAUGAAUAUGAAAAUUUCAUCCAACAUUUGAAAUUAUUGCGAAUAAACAUAGUGAAAAAUUCAUUUCAAAUUUCGCCCGAUUAUUCAUUCAAUUUUGGCCGUAUUGAUUACAAAUUGACACAAAUUUUUUUAUCUUCAAUUUUAUUCAAUACAAACACCGAAGACAUUAGUCAUGAAAUACGGCAAUAUUUCACACCAGUAUUUGAACUAUUUGACUGUUGUAAAUUCUCUAUUGAUUUAGAUUUAUUCAUCAAGAUUUGUCAUGAUCUUGAAUUGACAGUAUAUGCUUUACAUUUGAAACAAUGCUACCAACUUCAGUUACCUUUAUUAAAGGAUGGUGAAUCUGAAGAAUUUUUUAAUACAUUAUGGAACUCAAUACGCCAAUGUUAUAUGCAUUUCAUUCAAACAUCAGAUUCAAUUUUAAUUUCAAAAACAAAAAUGUUCACAUUGAUCAGUGAUUACAUUUCGAAUCAAUGUUAUCGAAUGAUUGAAAAAGUUUUUUUUAUUGCCACUGAUGGACAAGAUAAUUGUAAUCAUUCAAACGAAAUCGACCAAGACAAACAUCGAAAAUGGGAUGAUAAUUUUGUCAUUUGGUUUUUUGAUUUCAUGGUUGAAAAUAUUGAUCAAUAUCAUAACAGUCCGUUAUUUGAUUUUAUCCUCAAAAAUUUAGAGAUUACGAUAGAAAAUCCAAUUGAAUAUAUGACAAAAGCAAAAUCAAAUUGCUUCUGGACACUUUGGAUACGAGCUAAUCAAGCCAUAGAGAAUUUUGACCUUAUCUUUCAAAUUAUAACAAUGGAUAAAUUACGAUCAUAUCCAGGUCUUCAUCGAAGAUUAUUCGAUUUAUCAAUUGUUGUAUUGGUUUAUCAAAGUGUCGAAAAUGUUUCACUAAUGAGAAAAUUAUUUCGUCAACGAAUCGACCGUUUCUCAUUAAAAUCGCUUUCAUUUAUACAAUUUAACCAAUCACAUCUUUUAUUAGACAAACAAUUUUUAGAUUCAAAACUUAAAUUUGAUUCUACCAAUUUUCGGAUGAAUACCAUAGUUCGUCAAACUACAUUCAGAAUCCUAUACGGAACUUUUGUCGAUCCAGAAAAUUCCCUCCAUCAAAUUAUGGAUCAAAUAGUGAUGGUUCAUUCAAAUUUUCUUCAUAGAUAUAUGGUCCAUUUAUUCGGAAACCAAUUGAUCGACAUCUUGCAUGCAUCAUCUAUGAAUGUCCAGGAUGUCAUUUCCUUUUCCAACAAUGAAGAUGAACAUGGAUCAAAUCUUGACUUGAUACACAAGUUUUUGUUACAAAUAAUCAUUGAUAAAUGUGAUCUCAUACAAAUGAAUAAUUUAAGAAACCUACUUAAUAAUUUAAUCAAAUCCAAUUUAAUUGAAUCGGAACGAUUAUUUACUAAUUUAAUGGCUCAUUUCGAUCACGAAUCUUCAACCUCUACUAUAAAUUAUCAAUUAAAGUUGCUAAAAUCUGUACCAGAAUUAUUUUCAACACAGAAAUCUAAAUGGUCAGGAAAGCAUUUUGCUUUAAUUACUGCCUAUCUCUUUGAUUUAUUAUUAAAGUUUUGGAAUGAACCAAUUCACAGGGAAUUAAUCUGUGAUAUAAUUGAUGUUUAUUUGCAAAAUUGUAAUCCAUGUAUUAUCAAUGAACAAGAAAUUGAUUCAUUAUACACAUUGUAUAUGAUGAUCGAUUCAGAUCAAACAAAGAGAAUAAUUUGGACUUUAACCAGAUAAUUUUAUACAUUAUAAAUGAAUAUUUAUUGUUAUCAUGAAUUGAACUACAUAAAAGUUGAAUUUGAUGUAGAUUCUGUAGUUUAUUCCACACGAGAAUAAAAUUCAACCAUUAA